UGGUUAGGUGCAAAAUGGACCAUAGCCUUAUCCUUCGUCAUGUACAUGCCUUUCAUCAUGGCUCAAUUCUACCCACGGUUCUACACCAUGAUACCUGCAGGUGUUGCUAUCGGAUUGGGCGGAGGCCCAUUAUGGUGUGCGAAAUGCACGUAUCUAACGGUAAUUUCUGAAGUCUACGGGAAAAUAUCCAACAUGAGUCCAGACAUCGUGGUGACGAGAUUUUUCGGGAUAUUCUUCAUGUUUUACUCCUUCUCCCAAGUUUGGGGCAAUUUGAUAAGUUCGGCAAUAUUAUCUUCAGGAGAUGAUGCAGUACCCAGCUCAAACACAACCAUCGUCAACGCAACAACCCUGUUUCUGAAGGAAACCAAGAAAGAAACACUGGACCAAAUUUCUAGAGAUCUAUGUGGAGCAAAUGCUUGUCCAGGUGUGUCAGUAGCAGCAGCAGAUAACUCAACGGUUCCUAUUUUGAAACCUCAUCCAACCUCAAAGAUUCAGCUGAUUGCUGGGGUGUACCUACUCUGCAUGAUGGUAGCCUGUCUUAUCGUCAGUAUUGGAGUUGAUAAAAUGUCCAGAUACGGUAAGGGCAGAAAGGGCAGCGGAGGCGGAAUUUCCGGCCUGAAACUACUAGCCGUCACAUUGAAGCAGUUGGGGAACGUUAAACAAAUACUGAUUCUUCCAAUAACGAUGUUUAUAGGAGCUGAGCAAGCUUUCAUAGCGGCCGAUUUCACAGCUGACUUUGUCUCGUGUGGAUGGGGAAUCAGCAACAUCGGUUUCGUCAUGAUUUGCUACGGUAUAUGCAAUGGCAUCGCUUCCAUUUUUUCCGGCAGCAUAGUCAAAAUAACAGGAAGAAAUCCUGUCAUUUGCUUUGCCUUGUCCAUACACUUCGCUUUGCUCGUAACGUUGCUUGUAUGGAGACCCAGCCCGGAAAACAAACCGAUUUUUUUCCUGAUAAGCGGACUUUGGGGGAUGUGUGACGCUCUUUGGUUGGUACAAAUCAAUUCUUUGAGCGGCAUCCUUUUCCCGGGCAAAGAAGAAGCAGCUUACAGCAACUUCCGACUUUGGGAAUCUACCGGGUCUGUCAUCACUUAUGUGUGCAGCCCUUAUUUGUGCAACUACCUCAAAAUCUACCUCCUGAUGGGAUUGCUGAUCGUUGGGGUUCUAGGUUACUCAGGGGUUGAAUAUAUGGAACGCGAUGAAGCUGAUUCAGAAAGUAGUAAACACUCGGCCAAGACGAAGUUUGAAUUGAUUGACGGCAACGGACACAAGUCUGGAGAAGUUGCUGAUUAGAAAGAUUUUCUGUGAUAAUUUUCAAUGGAAUAUAUAGUUUUUAUAUA